CCUACCAUCAGAAUGACAUGGUACCGCCUGCGUUAUUGGCUAACACAGAUUCUCUUCCUGACGAGUAUUUUGCUAACGAGUAUCCCCUCGACAGUUGCCAACUCUGACUGGAUCCAGAGCUGUAGCAAUUGCCAUUGUCACUGGAAUUCGGGAAAGAAGACGGCAGAUUGCAAAAACCGACAACUCUACACAAUACCCAAUGAUCUGAGCAACGAACUGCAAGUUAUUGAUCUCUCCAAUAAUAUGAUACCCGAACUGAGAAGGGAAGAAUUUAGCGAAGCAAAUCUUCAAAAUCUGCACAAAAUUUUUCUGAAAAAUUGCACUAUUCAAGAGCUGAAUCGGGACGCCCUGAGAGGCUUGACAAUAUUAAUCGAAUUGGAUUUGUCGCAUAACUUUAUCAAGGAGCUGCAUGUGGGCACCUUCAAUGGUCUGGUUAAGUUACGCAACCUGGUAAUGAACAAUAAUCAAAUUGAAGCAUUGGACAAUCAUCUCUUUGUGGACUUGCCGUUUCUCUCACGUGUGGAGUUUAAGAACAACAAAUUGAAGCGGAUAGACAUCCACGCCUUUGGACAGUUGCCUGUUUUGUCGGCAGUCUACUUGGAGAACAAUGAGCUGACCGUCUUGAGAAGAGAAACUUUCCAACGAACACCCAAAUUGGUGCACUUAUCCUUGGCCUCGAACCCAUGGAAUUGUACAUGCGAGUUGCAGGAGUUCCGUGAUUUUGCUCUGGCCAAUCGCCUUUACACUCCACCAACCGACUGUAAUGAACCCAAGCAUUUGAAGGGAAAACUUUGGAAUGAAAUACCUUCAGAAAAUUUUGCCUGUAAACCAAGAAUAUUGGGUUCGGAGAGUACCUAUGUCGAUGUCCAUUCAGAUAACAUCACGUUGCCAUGUCGGAUUGAGGGUUCGCCUAGACCAAAUGUGACAUGGCUCUACAAUAAGAGACCGAUUAACCCAAAUGAUGCCCGCUUUAAAAUUCUCAACUCAGUCGAACAACAUCGUGCCGAAAGUCCAAACACAUUGAAUUCGGAAUUACGCAUCAUUGGUGUUAGACCCACCGAUAAGGGUUCCUACACCUGCAUUGCCGACAAUCGUGGAGGCAAAGCAGAGGCGGAAUUCCAGCUAAUUAUAAAUGGUGACUACUACAGUCCUCUCAAUGGUUCGGGUAAGAAUCGUGUACAUGGCCUUAGCACGUCUACCUCGGAAACAGAGCCCAAUAUUUUACUCAUUAUUGGUUUGAUUGCCACAACACUUUUGCUGCUUCUGGUCGUCAUAAUUCUUGUCAUCUGCUGGUAUUGUCGUCGUUCCAAAACCUAUCAGAAGGAUACAACAAUGAUGAGUGAAAAUGGUUUAAUCUCCUCGAAAAUGGAUAAAACACACAAUUCUAUGCUGGAAGGCUCGGUCAUCAUGGAAAUGCAAAAAAGCCUACUGACAGAAGUUAAUCCCGUCGAAAAACCGCCACGGCGAACGGAGCUGGAGAAUAUUGAUGGUGUUGGCAAUGGCAAUGGCGGUGAUGAUGGUCACGAGAUUAAGAAGACUCUGUUGGAUGAAACGCAAUUUGGAAAUCUUCAUCAUCGCGAUGAUGAAACUCAUUCAGUGACCACAUCGGACAAUACAGUGCCUCGUACACGUCACACCUACAUGGACGACACAUAUGUUACUACGCUACCACCAGACUUGUUGGCUUUCCCAGCACGUGUCCCACCCACAUCACCAUCCAUGCAAUCGUCCCAAUCGAAUAUACCCGAACAGGUUAUCUACGGCAUACGUUCGCCACCAAUGACCAGUCCCGUGUACGCUCACAUGACACCCCAUGGCAUUUAUGGUACUACGACCAUAGCGGCCGCCACACCGAACGGUUUCAUGACUCUGCAACAUCCCAAAUCGCGCAAUUUAGCACUUAUCGCUGCUGCUAAUAGCAGACAACAACAAUCGCCGUUUGUCCCCGCACCCGUCGUCUACUCGCCGGCAACCACUUCAGCGGUUGUUAUGAAACAGGGCUAUAUGACAAUACCACGCAAACCGCGAGUUCCAAGCUGGGCGCCAUCGUCAUCGGCUACCAAUUCGACACAAUUGAGUGAAUUUCAAUCGCCCACCUCGCCGAAUCCCAGCGAAACGGGAACAGCGACAACAGCCGAAAUGAUAGUUGAACCUGUCUAUGACAAUUUGGGUCUGCGAACAACCGCUGGCGGUAGCUCAACUCUUAAUUUGAACAAGAGUCUAAUGCAGCAACAGGAACAGCCAGUGCGCUACACAAUGCGGGAUCGUCCACUACCGGCAACACCCAGUCUCACAUCAGUGAACUCAAAUCAGGCACAGCAACAGCAGGCGAUAUACCAACAGCAGCAGCAGCAACAACAACAACAACAACAGCAACAAACACCACAAAACAACAUGUCCAGCAAUAAUACAAGUAAAAUCUACGAACCCCUACACGAAUUAGUUAAUCAACUACAUCAGCCAACAACGACCUCGGACACGGAACCAUUAUAUGGCACAGCAAGACACCAUUCCGCCAUAGUGCCCAAUAGCAACAACAACAGUAACAGCGGCAACACAACAACGACCACCAACACGAUCUCAAACAGCGGCAACAGUUCAGAACCGAAAUUAACCAAAAUACCACCCAGACCGCCACCAAAACCGAAGAAGAAAAUGUCCGUGACAGCAUCACGCAAUGGUCAUGGCAGCACAAGUCAGCUAUUCGACGAUGAGGGAGAGGAUGGCACCGAGGUUUAGUGGAAUCUGGCCAAAUCCUCCGCCCACCCUGUGUCGAUGGUGACAUUGACACGAAGACCCUACCAGUUCCUCCUGUCCUCGUUUCAAUUUUGUUCUUUUAGCUUUUAAAACGUAAUGCCUUCCUCCAUAUCCUC